AAAGCUGUCGGAAACGAACGAAUGAACUGAACCAGACAACUGAGCUGGAAUCAGUUGGGAUAAGUGAUAGAACAAAAAAAAUAAAAAUAAAAAAAAGUAUCGAAAAGUGGGAAAUUGUCGUCAAAUAGCGUAAAAAGAGAGAUAUUUGGAUUUCAUUUUCGAAGUAUUUAAAUUGUAUAUGUGUCUAAGGUAUGCUGCUGUCUUGAGGAUGCGGGUUUUUUUGCGCCCCCUGGUGGAGCGGGUUCGAGCUCAGUGACGUCCCCAGCGCGAGAUCAGCUUCAGAGCACGACAGUAGCGCGAGACCAGCUGAGCGCUAAUGGAGAGAACCGUGAUCAAAUACAGGCACUGCGGAAGAAACAUUCACCGCUUCUCUGCUCCAGACGCCUCAUGCUCUCCUCGAGCUGAUGAUUCACAGCGCAGCUGUCCGAUCUGUCAUCACACUCUCGCAUUUGGACUUUUAGACGCACCUGUUGCGCUUACCUGUCCGAUUAGAAAUGGACACACAGUCCCCUGUGCAUUUCUGAUAGGAUCUAUGCACGGACCAUCACAUCUUGGAGAAUGGCAUGACACAGAGAUUCACGUGGGACUCUCAAAUUCAGAAGGUCUGGUCUAUAACUACACCCUGUCAGGGGUCCGGAGAGACGUCCGCGGCUGGGAACAGUGUGUCUGCAUACAGCUCUGCCCUCCGUGGAGAGAUGAGCUCAGGGAAUCAUGGGACCGAGAGCUGGAGCAGUUUUCUGCACUGCCAGAAUGGGUCUCAGAGCGGUUUGAUGAGGAAAGGGAGUUUGGAUCGUGCUGUUAUGGUUUCGCUCUGACCUUCAUUAACCACAUGCGCUCGUUGGAUGGGAAAGCGUCUCUGAGCAGAGACCAGUUCACAGGAUCUCACAUUUUACCCAGAAUGAAGACCGUGUCGCUAUACAUCAACAUCUAUCAUGCAAUAUUACAACAUGGAUUUUACAUCGCUAAUACAGAUCAUGACAUGUGAUACACGCUUCUUC